CCAUAUUGUCUCCUUCACACUUGCAAGAGAGAGUGACGAGUCUCUGGCUUUUUUCUCACCAAACCUCAGUGCGUGCUUAUAAAGCUCAAGAACCACCCCUUCGCUCUACCCAUAAUUUGUACCUGAAGACAUAUUUGUUCUUUCAUCGAAUCAUUGGUCGCAUCGCAGCGAAGAUCGGCAUGAAGAACCGAAGCAAACCCAUCCUCUUUUCAGCUUUUCCCCUCCUCUUCCUUCUUGCACUGGGGAGCACAGCAACAUCAUCCGUGCCCGGAGAAGUUGAGGAUGAGAGGGCGUUCGACUACAUAGCCGGGAGCGAGAAGGGGCCAGUGCACUGGGGGGAGCUGAGGAAAGAGUGGGAAGCCUGCAAGACAGGCGAAAUGCAGUCACCGAUCGACCUGUCGAGCCGGCGAGUGAAGGUGAUUCCCAAGCUUGGGGAGAUAGAGAGGAGCUACAAGCCCAGCAAUGCGACCCUCAAGAACAGAGGCCACGACAUUUCCCUUCAAUGGGACCUUGGCAAUGUUGGAUCAAUUAAAAUUAAUGGCACUGAAUAUUUUCUCCAACAAUGUCACUGGCAUUCCCCUUCCGAGCAUACCAUUAACGGCAGAAGGUAUGCGUUGGAGAUGCACAUGGUUCAUGUAAGCACAGACCAGGACGUUAAGAACAAGAUUGCUGUCGUUGGACUCCUCUACAAGACUGGCCAACCAAAUGCUUUCCUGACCAAGUUGAUGGGGAAUGUAGGCAUUGUAGGGUCCUUGGUUGACAAAGAGGGCGAGAGAAAGUUGGGUGUCAUUGAUCCAAGAGAGAUCAAGUUGGGUGGCAAGAAUUACUUGAGAUAUAUGGGCUCCCUCACUGUCCCUCCUUGCACAGAAGGUGUCAUUUGGACCAUCAACAAGAAGAUAGGCACUGCAUCAAAGGACCAAAUCAAGUUGCUCCAAGAGGCUGUUCAUGAUUAUGCGGAGAAGAAUGCAAGGCCUCUGCAACAACUGAAUAAAAGAGAGAUCCACCUCUAUCAACCAAAUGAGGCACUAAUACCAAAUUAG